AUGACCACGUUAGAUGCCGCGCAGAUUACUUCGUUAUUGCAGUCAAUCCAGGAUCAAAGUAAGAAUAUCUCGGCUUUGGCGAAAAAUUUAAAUAUGAAAUCUGAGAGGGAGCAUCCACCGUCAGUGCAACUAGCGAAAUUCGACGAAUCCGUUGAAACAUUCAGUGAUUAUGUGGAAAGACUGGAGCAAUACUUUAUCGCUCAAAAGAUCGGCGAUGAUGAUAAGGUAUCUGUUUUCAUUUCAAUGCUUCAGCCCAAGUUAUACCGGUUGCUUAAACAUUUGUGUGUCCCUACGCCUGUCGAAAAGAAGACUUUUAAACAAUUGACGGAGAUAUUAGUUACGCAUUUGUGCCCUAAACAGAUGGAAAUACCCGCCAGACACACAUUCGUUAACCGUAAGCAAGCCGAAUCCGAACCGAUCAAUCAAUACGUUGCCGAAUUAUGUAGAUUAGUGCUACCCUGUAACUAUCCAGAUACCAUGCUCUCUAUCAUGUUACGCGAUAUGUUUGUUGGUGGUCUACGUUCGAAGGAUAUGUUAAAUAGACUCUUCACAGAAAAAGAUUUAACGUUCAAAAGGGCAGUCGAAAUUGCGGUCAGUAUGGAGACAUCGGCGAUAAAUUCUGCGGCUAUUACAAGCAGCUUUAACGGUACUCAGAGUGUCAGUAAUCACGUUCCUGAGCCACUCAAGAAGCUGAAAAAAGGAAAACCACCGCCGAAACCGAAAUCUACACCAGAGGUGAAGAAAUCUGACCAAACUCCGAUCUGUUUCAAAUGCGCUAAAUCCGGCCAUCGCUCACCUGAUUGUAAAGAGAAAAACUUGAAGUGUAAUUUUUGCCAGAGUGAGCAACAUGUCAUCGAAGUUUGUCAGAAGAAGAAAAAGUUUGAUAAGAAUAAGGCGAAGAAAAUGAAAUCUAUUCGAGAAGUAUCACCUGAACGAUGUAUUUUCCCUAUCGAUAUGGUACGUGCGUCGGAUAAUUCAUCAGAACCGCCGAUAUUCGUCUGUGUUCGUGUCAACGAUAUUGAUGUAAAAUUCGAGUACGAUACUGGUGCUACAAAAACCGUUAUCACCGAAUCAGUCACGAAGCAGUUCAACGUUAAAUUGAAACCUACCGAGAUUCGAUUUGAAGAUUAUAGUGGAAAAAUUAUCAAUCCACUGGGUACGAUUAAUGUAACGGCGCAGUAUCGAGAUAAUUGUGAGCAGCUCGAUUUAUUCGUCGUCGCAAAUUCAUAUUCAUCAGUGAUUGGUCGAGACUGGAUAUUUCCGCUGAAAAUUGGUAGCCUACCUGUUUCUUGCGAUGCGAAUGUUUUACCAAUUCGUGAAAUACGUGAAUUGAAAGUACCUGAGCUCGAUACGUUAGUGAAGAAGUACAGCCAAGUUUUCGAAGGUAAAAUUGGUCCGGUGAAGAAGGUGGUAUCUUUGCAUCUGAAAGAAGGCGCCAAACCAGUAUUUCAACGUUCUCGUGUGGUACCACUCGCGUUGCAACAGGCAGUUUUGAACGAAAUCGAUCGUUUAGUCGAAGAAGGUCUUUGGAUCAAGGUCAAUUAUUCUGACUGGGCUUCACCAAUUGUACCUGUGUUGAAAUCAAACGGUGAUGUUCGUUUAUGCGGUGAUUAUAGCGGUACAAUUAAUGACCAGAUCCAUAUCACUCAACAUCCAUUCCCAGGUUACGAGGAAAUCUUCAGUAACGUCGAAGGUGAAGAAUUUACUACUCUCGAUAUCGAUUCCGCAUUUCGUCAUAUGUUGGUAGACGAAGCGUCAUCUUGGCUUAUGGUAUUAAACACACCAAAGGGGUUAUUUCGUCCCACUCGAUUAGAAUUUGGCGCCGCACCCGCACCUGCUGAGUUCCAGAAUUUUAUGGACGAAGUAUUCGCUGGUUUACCUAUCGCAAAACGAGCCGAUGACAUCUUCGUAGGUGGAAAAGAUUGA